AUGUACGGCAUAAAUGUUGCACGCCGCUAUGAUAUCCUACUUUCCUUAAGGGAAAGAAACUUGCCUGUCCAAUGGUCUUUUCCAAUAGCUUCCAUAUUAUAUAUUAUAUAUGCAAAAUACCUUCCAAAACGUGAUGACAUCAAUAGCAACUCUAGCUUUCUCACUCCAUAUGGUAGAAAAGAGGCAAAAGAAAAUCCCUCCCAAAUCCAAUCGGCGACUACAAUACCGUUUCUUUGUCUUCGCGCUCUUCUUUCUUCCGUCCUUCUUCUAUCUCUAAAUAUCUAUCGGACAAGUGAAAAAAAUUAUAUUUUGCUCUAUUUGUAUUUUUAUUUUUCUACGGGGAGAAAGAAAUGCAAGGAGUUUAGAAGUUUGGAAAUUCAGAAACUUGGGAGUUUUGGAGUUGUUAUGGUUGGGGUCUUUCAGUUCCUGUUGGUUACCUUGGGCUCCAACUAUUCAGUAAGUUAUCUAAUUGUUCUCAUGGAUGUUUCGGAAACAUGUUCUAAUGGAGUGAUUGGUUCUCUGAAUUUCGAAACAAUGUCCCAUCGCCAACAACAAAACCAAAGACAAAAGGAUAGGCGAAAUCGAUUUAGAAUUGGGUGCAAUGAUCAUCGCAAGAGGAUAAAUGAUCCCAUGUCAUCUGAAAUUAAUAAUUCCAACAUUGAAAGAAUACAGCAAUCUAUAAUGCAUCAUGAUUUUGAGGCUUCUACUUCAAACCAAGAGACGCAUGAUAUUUCCAAUUCUGCAUUACGAAGUAGUUUUAAUGUACUGAACAUACCAAUGACUUCAUAUAUAUUACCAACAUGCAGUAGCUGUAAGAAUUGUGGUGCAAGAAAAUUUUAUAGAGAAAGCAAAGGCUUCGUUGCUCUGAUGGAAAAGUUCAUCUCUGUAUUCCUGAUUCACCAACUAAACUGUACAACUUGUUUACUUCCAAAGAACCUAAAUGUAUGGAAUUUAAAAAGAUUGCAAGGGGAUAUAAUAAUAAUUUUGCUUUCACUUCAUUUGGUGUUAAAUACGACAAAGAGCUCUUCAAAUCAAAUAGAGGUAUUUAUACAUUUAGGGUUCAAGGACAAGUAUAUCAUUACGUAAAUGAACUUAUCCCACGGAACAGUACACCUUCUUAUAUGCAAUUAUACUUUUAUGAUACAGAUAAUGAACUUCAAAAUCGUAUGAAAAAUUCAAAAAACUUUGUUCAAUGUAUUUUGAUUGUUCUAAUUGAAAUCCAUAAGGUAAAUUCAUACAGUAGAUCCUUUAGGUCUUUAAGUCAUACAACUAAUUUGCAAGAGCAUCAGAUACACAUAAGAUGUGAUCCAAGACUUGAUUAAAGGGUCUUCAAUACUCCUACAACAUCUCAAGUAGCUGCUGUAUGGGUCGAAGAUGAUGAGAAUGGUAAUGUUUGUGUUCGUGACAUUACUAUAUAUGGUCAUUCUGGUGAUUUACAUAGGGUUUAUUAUUACUAUGAUUGUUAUGAUCCUUUGUAGUAUUCGUUAUUUUUUUCAUACGGAGAAUCUGGCUGGCAUGAAGGCAUUGAGAGGCGUAGAAAGACCUAUUUUCAGCCUGAACGUUUGCCUGAAUUAGUUACUUUUCCAACUGCAGUUGCCUCUGGAGCUGAAUUUAUAGAAAAAUAUUUUCCAGCUAAUGACAUGCUGGCAUUGGCCGCAUGGCAAUUCACUUAACAGUGAUAUCUUGAGCUCCUCGUGUUUUUUGUGCAUUGAUGUUGGUCGAUAAAGAGAAGCAAGAAGGCAACGAUCAAUUAUCAAACAAAUGGUAGUAAUGAUCUACAAAUGCUCGUCCUACUGUUUCAACAUGUUCUUUCAUUUUUAUCUGAGAUCUCUCCAGCCAAAGCAACACUAUCUAAAGGCAAAGCUAGCGGGAGUUAAACCGAAGCCUCUGGCUUUUUGGCCGUCCAGAAGGCGCUUGUUGAUGUUGCUUUAUUUCCAAUGAAAGGAACUAUGUAAACGUAUUCACAUGCAUGCAAUUGCUGAAUUCACAUGGCUGAUUUUAAGUCUGUUAUUUUCAAUUCCAGCUAUGAUUUGCACACAGCUCUUUAUUGUAACAUUUCCUCCAAUGCAAAUUUGGCAGCUCGACUAGAAUCUACGAUAACUGGGGCAGAAGUUCUGAUUAAUAUGAACUGAAAAGACAAAAUAUUGUAUAUCCCCUUUAAGCUAUGCAUACUCAGAGAGAAGUGUGCAUUAUUCAUUCAUGUUUGGGUCCCAAUUAUGUAGUGAGUCUCACAUAUUUCCACAUGUCAAUUGCAGGAAGUACGUUGGGUGAAAGGAGCUAGAGAAGAGGCGGAAGGACCAACAGUUACAGCUGAAACCCCUUAUAAAACCGAGCUCUAGUACUGGUGCUCCUGGUAGUGGAGUUAAAUCUUAUAACACUCCAACUUUGAAUGAAUUGUAGCACCAAAAUCAGUCGAAAGCACGUAAAUCCUUCCCCAAAAUGAAUUUGAAAGGUUUGAAA